CAGAGCUCAAAAUGAAAAGCUGCGUAAUGUUUCUUUAUUUAUCGUUAUUGAUCAAUGGUGUGUUUGGUGAUGAGACAGAAGUUGUUUCAGUGAUGGAGGGGGAUUCUGUCACUUUACACAGAGAUGUUGAAAAUCAGAAAGAAGACGUGAUAGUAUGGAGUUUUGGACCUAAAAAUACUCUAAUUGGCAAAAUCAUUGGAAUGGCCGUUAGCACCUGGAAAUUUGAGAGAGUGCAGCCAGACAGUCAGACUGGAUCCAUCACCUUCACAAACAUCAGUACCACAGACUCUGGACUUUAUCAUCUAAAGAUCAGAAAGAAAAACAAAGUUUCAUACAAGACAUUCAAUGUUACAGUCUAUGAUAGUCUCUCUGUUCCUGUCAUUAUCAGAGACUCUUCACAAUGUGCUUCAUCAUCUGAAUGUUCAUCAGUGUCCAAAUGUUCACUGCUGUGUUCAGUGGUGAAUGUGAGUGAUGUGACUCUCUCCUGGUACAAAGGAAACAGUUUAAUCUCCAGCAUCAGUGUGUCUGAUCUCAGUAUCAGUCUCUCUUUACCUCUGGAGGUUGAAUAUCAGGAUAAAAACGCCUACAGCUGUGUGAUCAACAAUCCCAUCAGCAACCAGACACAACAUCUGAACAUCAGUCAGCUCUGUCAGCCAUGUGCAGGUUCUUGUCUUCAACCCACACAUUUUCGAUUGUUUUGGAUUGUAGUGAUACUUUUUGCCGUAUGUCUAAUAAUUGGAUCUGUGAUGUGCUUCAGGAAACAGAGAGAAGGAAAUAAAAAAGGCAAUUUUUCAAAAUUGGGGUAUGCUGAAACAGUUCUGACCAUCAAAGAGGAAGGACAUAUCUUGCAGGAACAAGGAAGGAAGAUGUAA